GAGGGAACAUUGCCCGAUCGGAUCUUCUAUUGCGAUCAUCGAAGCGUGACAAACUUGUAAAGAUUUAGUGUAUGACUAAUAUCAGAUCGAUCAAAUUGCAGUUUUGUGGUAAAGAAACAUUUUAUCAUAACUGAAAAGCACAACAGAAAAAGGAAUGCAGGCAAUAAUCAUACUUGUAGCUAUUCUACAGCUACUUCAAGGUGAUGUGAAAUGCUUGGGUAUGGCGGGCCCAAGUCAAAUAGAUUUAGAGUCAGAGAAAGCAGUAACGAUAUGUACCUCACAGAAGCGUUCGCUGACGUGCGGCUCGCCUGGGUCGAGUAUUGCAAUCACUGAUGUAUUCUGGGGCAGACAAUCCCGGGACAUUUGCCCCUCGGACGAUGGAGAUGAACACGUGGACUGCGGGGGAGCGAAGGAGACCCCAGGGAUAGUGAGGGGUAUGUGCGAAGGAAAAGCCGCUUGCCAACUGGAAGCGAAGCACAAGCUGCUGCAGAAUCCGGAAUCUCGUCAUUGUCCAGGAGUUAACAAAUACUUGAAAGUGAGCUACACUUGUGUACCCGAUGCAAAAGAGGUGACAGUUUGUGACGGAGAGCAAACGACGCUGAAAUGUCCAGCAUCGUUUAAAACCUUUGUGAACUCUGUAUUCUGGGGCAGGCAGUCGGUGUCCGUGUGCCCGGCGGACAAUGGUCUCUCAAUGUGCACUGGAGCGAGCGAAAGUCUGGAUAUGUUAAGAAAGAAAUGCGACGCGAGCGAUAAAUGCGACAUCACGGCGUCGUUCCACGAGGUGCAAAACGGUGCUGAAAACUGUCCUGGAAUACAGAAAUAUUUGAUUGUGAACUACAGCUGCAAGCCUGCUGGAACAAAAGUUGAUGACGACGACAAGGAAGAAGAUGAUGAUGACGACGACGAUGAUGACGACAGCGACGACAAACUGACCAAACCUCCCCCCAUCAGGGGAGAAAAUGUUCAGCUCACGAACGUAGAAAAUAAUCGCCUGGGAACGGGGGGAUUGAAGGCCUUGGAGAAGGUUAAUACCUUGAUCAAGCAAUCUGAUGGCGGUCACCUGACGGACGAUCAGGAAAAGGCAAUUGAAAGAAUGAUUAUUGGAGGAUUGGAGGAUACACAGAAGAAGAAUGUGGAUGUCAAGGGCUCAACGAGAGCGGCCAUUCCGAAGGCACACAAGGGUAAACCAAGCGGCGAAAUGAAUAACCAGAUUGUCGAGUUGGCAAAAUUGGUGGACGAAGCAACAUCAAGAAUAAACUACAAGAAAGCUGCCGUUGCCAGGCCACAAGCAAAGCCAGGAUAUCAAACCCCGGCAGUUGGAACCAUGAUGCGUAACAGAGCGAUGAAAAGGCUCAAUGUACCACAUCCGAAGAUGCCUAAGUUUCAACCUCAACCAGCAGCAAUAAACAAAGCCAAUAACGCAGUGAGAGUUCAAAGAACCAACGUUCCAAAACCAAAGAAGGACAACCAGAAUGCGAAGAAAAGUUUGAUUUACGGAAAAAUCAUGCCCAACACCAAGCCAUAACUUGUUUUGAACUUUAGAAACUUUAUAAAAACGAAAUGCAUGUCGGUGAUCGCUAUCUGGUGCAAGUAUUUAAAGCCUUUCUGAUACUUGUGUCGGAUGGGAACAAAUAUGUUGAAGCAUUGAUUACAAAGGUUUUGGGGGGAAAUUCAUGGAUUUCUACCCGAUCAAACGCUCUGGGGUCACAUUUGAAAUUGGGCAUGAGUAAAUCUCGCGAUUAGGAUCAGGUAGGAUCACAGCAAGGAUCAGCUAGGGUCACAGCAAGGAUCAGCUAUGAUCACAGCAAAGAUCAGUUAGGAUCACAGCAAGGAUCACAGUAAGGAUCAACUAGGGUCACAGCAAGAAUCCUGCUAAGAUCACAGCGACAUUCACAUUUAAGACUAGGCCGAUACAAACAUAAAGUGGGAACUCAUUGCAUCCAGUUUCUAUCAUCAUUCCAACUGGUUCCAAAGCCCAUUUCCCUCGAAGCACAGUGGUAUUCCACUGUAAGUGGUAUUUCAUUCAUUUUUCUUUUAACGGUGAACGAUUGUAUAUAGUGGAUGUAUUCAGUAUUUUGUAUUUCUGCCUGAAGCUGGGGGAACAGUCGUUUUUAUUAAAUUAUUUUUAAACAUCAUGAA